CAACUCUGUCCCCAAGUCCUCCUCUUCCCGGGACCAACACAUCGUCACCCCGCGCCCGCUGCCCAUCGCCAUGGAGACGCUAUCACGCAGGGUGCAGGCCACAGCCCUGUGUGUCCCGCUGGAGAUGUCCCCAUCAAGUCUCCAGUUUGAUCUGGAGCCCUUUAGCUCAGUCACUACUACCUCACAAACUCAGACCGUAGAGCUGAGGAACGUGUCUGACAAGAGGGUGAGCUGGAGGAUUGACUGCAGCGCUGCAGUAACACCAGGAGGGGGCAGUAGCACCAGCAGCAAUGAGGGACUGUUCACUGUCUGUCCUACCGCUGGGACACUGGAGCCAUUGCAGUUGACAGCGGGUCAGAUCGAGGUGUCCCUCCCUCUGUUUCUGUCUGAGGAGGGGCAGGAGGAGAGAGAGGGGGAGGAGGGGGGAGCCCCUCACCCCUACAGGGUGCUGUCUCUCAGUGCCACCCCUCACCCCCCCAGCAUCACCUUCCUCCCCCCGCGAGUCCUCCUCACCCCUGUCCCUCUGGACACACCCUCCACCACCACCCUCUUCCUGCUCCUCACCGGGUACCCCAGUGGUUCCUGUCUGCGUGUGGAGGUGGAGGAGAUGGUUCUGAAGGAUGGCAGUCGGGUGAAGCCCCUCUCAGUCAGCCUGCCCCACAAUGGCACCGUCCCUCCCCAGACCCACACAGAGCCCCAGACCCACUCAGAGCCCCAGACCCACACAGAGCCCCAGACCCACACAGAGCCCCAGUCCCCCAUCAGCUGCACAGUGACCUUCUGCUCCCCUCAGCCCCUGGACCUCAGCUCACACAUCACAUUCCUGGACCACCUCAACAACAGGUUCAGGGUGGAGGUCUGUGCUACAGCAGAUAACAGUUUGUUGACAGUGUGGCCCUACCUGGCUCUGCACCGCUCUGAGCAGCAGAUAGUCCUCAAGACUGACUCUGGAGACAGCAGGAGUAGGGCUGGGUGUGCAGGACCAGGACCUAGAGGGAAGGAGGACUGGCCCCAGAAGGAGACAGAGGGUGAGAGAGAGACGGAUGGUGUGACUGACCAGCAGCAGUGGCAGCAGCAGGGUAUACCAGUGUUUCCAGGGCAGGACUCAGAGGAGGGGUUGUACUACCACAGCAUCCUGCAGGCCGUACAGAAGUGGUUCAGUCAGUUUGGCUGGCCCCGUGGACCAAACCCCAUCUCUCUACCACGCUCUCUCAGAAGGGUGGUAUGUAGAGUCCAGACAGUAGACUCCAGCUCUAGUGAGUGGAGGAACUCGUACCUUAUGAGUCAAGGUAAAGACACACGGACCAUCUACGACAUGCUGCGUCACCUGAGUGGACAGACACUUCCUGGUGUGAGCACCAACCAAUCGCUGCCCUGCAACCUCACUGAGCGCGUGCAGCAGCUUCUUCACUGGAACACAGUGCUGCUGGCCUUCCUCAGGCACACACCCUCACCAGCCUACUCACUGUGUUGUGAUCUUCAGGAGGCAGGAGCCUGUCUGUCCCACAUCAGACCCCAGUACCUGUUAGACUCCCAGGAGUUCAGCCACUGGAGCUCUCUACAGGCCCAGUGUGAUCAGAGGGGCUGGACUACAGCAGCAAGGUCUUUGAAUCCCUCAGUGCUAGUCCUGCCGCGGGUGACAGAGGGUCCCUUGUCCCUGGGCCUCCAGAGCUGUGACAGUGGCAGCAUGGAGCAGCAGGUCCCAGGAUAG